GGGGCGGCCCGAGGCCCCCUCCCCGCCCCUCCCCCAGGGUCCCAGGAACAAAGGCCGAGUGUUUGCUCAGAAUUCUACCCCUGGCGCAGGGAGGGGCACCUCGGUCCUCAAUCGCACCCCGCCCCGCGCCCUCCCCGCCCCCAGAUGGGGUUCCUGCUUUCCGGCGGGGUCGGAGGGGUGAUCCUGGGCGGGUUGCAAAGGCCAGGCCCUCCUCCUGAGCGCCAGGCCCCUAUACCUGACCCCUUUGGAGUGGGCCGGUUGGCAGCAGGAAGUGCCUGGGGGCGUCUGCCGGCCCGUCAUUUAUUGAAUGCCUGUUACUAUAUUUAAACGUCUGCGUGGCACCUACUGUGUGCCAGAGCAGAAGUGACAGGCGCACAAUGAAACUGUUUUCCACCAAACGCUUGGUCAGGGAGGCUCCGCUUGUCCAGAGAGGUUCCGGUGCCUGCGGGAGGUCACACAGCAGCUGCCAGUGUAGGUUGUGCAUCGGCGGCUUCUUGCUGUCAGGUGCUAGAGGCCCAGGCAGACCUGGUCCCAUUCUUGAAGCUUCCACACAUAAAAAGUUGAGUUCCAUAGGGUGACAACAGGGCCCUGAUGAAGAUACGGGGUGUGUCGGGGUGGGGGGUGUAGAGGCAGGGAGGUUCUGCAGGGGUCUUCGAUGAGGGCGUGAGCCGGUGUCCCAGGCAGAGAGAGGCCCCCAAUCCAGUGCUGGGAGCUGUACUUCCUGAACCCACAGCUCCGGGUCCAGUCCAGGGUGACAGUCUCCAGUGGGAGGAGUGGGGGUGGCUGAGCCGGGAGGCUGACCUCGCUGCUCAGGUGCCUUGUGCCGGCCGCUGCCCUGCUCCGGCUGCAGGGUUGAGGCUUGACUUGCUGGCUCAGCGUAUUCUGGCUCUGGCCUCCCCCCAGCCCCCAGCUUUGGGGGUUCUCCUCUCUGGCUUUUCUGCCUCCACCCUUGCCCUCACUCACUGCGGCCAGAGGGACCCUACGAAGACAUGCUCUGUUCCUUUGCUCCAAACUCUGUGUCCUGCUCACUAACACAAGAUUCCCAAUCUUAGAAUACCCUCCCCGCCCCCUGCCAACCCCCUUCCCGCCCUCCAGCUCUCCAGGCGUGGGCCCACCUCUGGACCUUUGCACAGGCUGGUGCUGCUGCCUGGCUUUCUUCCCCAGAUCUGCCCUGACCUUCUUAGCUCCUUCAAGCCGCCGUCUGUGUGGGGCCCCCCUGACGAGCCCGUAGCCCCCGAUCCCAGUCUCCAUCCCUAACUGUCAUGGCUCCAUGGGCAGACCUCUGCGUUUCUCUACACUCAGCACUAAGUUUGGUCUUUGGGGAGGAGGAGUUGGCCUUGCCCCCGCCUCCUGUGGUAUUCAGGCCACGGAAGAGUCCAGCACUCUCCUACUUGUCCACGUGCCGUGCUGGCGGCAAAGGGCGCUCUGCGUGUGCUUGUCCCCCUCAGCUCAGCAGGGCCCUGGGACCCCAGAGCCACAAUGAUGCCUGUCAUUAUUUUGCCACGCUUGUGGCUCCUGAAAGUGUCUUUGGAUCGAGAUGUGGAGUCCCUUGGUCUGCCCAGGGGUCUUCAGGCAUCUCCGCUCAGGGCCUUAACUGUGGUGUGUUCCUGGGCUCUGCGGCCGGCCUUAGAGCUAAGGGAGGGAGGUCUCUAAAAGGUGCUUGUGAGACACCUGCACAGGCUGAGCCCCGGGAAGGCUCCGGGGACAGCCUUGAGCAUGGUGGAGCCUGCUCAGUGCUCAGGGAACUCAGGUGUCCCGCGGUGCGUGCCCAUGAACGGUGCCAAGAGAGACAGAACGGAUGUUUCAUUCUGGGAGAGUGGGGCCAGGGCGGAUGCUCAGGAAGGCCAAUGGAGCUCAGGUUGGAGGGACGGCAGUCAGAGAGGUCUUGGGUGAGGACGUGUGCCGGGUUCCCGGUGCCGGGGAGGAGACAGGAGGCUGGAGAGAAGUGGAGAAGGGGAGGUGGUGGGCGAUGUGGGGUGGGGGCUGCGCGAUGGGUCUGGGAGGACCCGGGUGUUUAUCUGAGGAUGAUGGGGAAUCGCGAUGGGCUUUUAAGGGGGCAGCGGCCUCCCAAGUGUCAGGUUGGUGCGGAGGUGAGAAACCAGGGGUCCCAGGCAGUGGCCAGGGCCACGCGAGGGAUGCUGGGGCACGUAGCUGGGGGGAACCGCGUGGCCACUGGCUUCUCUCCCCUGCCCCCAGCCUCUCUGCCUUUUGCCAUCCUGACGCUUGUGAGCGCCCCGUAUAAGCGAGGGUUCUACUGUGGAGAUGACUCCAUCCAGUACCCCUACCGUCCAGACACCAUCACACACGGGCUCAUGGCUGGGGUCACCAUCACGGCCACCGUCAUCCUUGUGUCCGCCGGGGAGGCCUACCUGGUGUACACGGACCGUCUGCAUUCCCACUCCGACUUCAACACCUACGUGGCGGCCAUCUACAAGGUGCUGGGCACCUUCCUGUUCGGGGCCGCCGUGAGUCAGUCGCUGACGGACCUGGCCAAGUACACGGUCGGCCGGCUGCGGCCCAACUUCCUGGCGGUGUGUGACCCUGACUGGAGCCGCGUGAACUGCUCCGUGUACGUGCAGGCGGAGAGGGUGUGCAGGGGGAGCCCCGCCAACGUCACCGAGUCCAGGCUGUCUUUCUAUUCCGGACACUCCUCCUUCGGGAUGUACUGCAUGUUGUUCCUGGCGCUCUACGUGCAGGCCCGGCUCUGCUGGAAGUGGGCGCGGUUGCUGCGGCCCACGGUGCAGUUCUUCCUGCUGGCCUUCGCUCUCUACGUCGGCUACACCCGCGUGUCUGACCACAAGCACCACUGGAGUGAUGUCCUCGCUGGCCUCCUGCAGGGGGCGCUGGUGGCCGGCCUCACUGUCCGCUACGUCUCUGACUUCUUCAAGUCCCGGCCCCCACGGCGCUGCCUGGAGGAAGAGGACCUGCGGCGGAAGCCCAGCCUGUCCCUGACGCUGACCCUGGGUGAAGCUGGCCACAACCACUGUGGGUACCCGGUCUCCUCUUCCUGAGGCGGGGCCCCCGGCUGUGGGUCCAGCGGGGUAUCAGGCUGUGUUCGGGGUCCUGGCCGGGCUCUCCCCUGAGGUGGGGAGGGGGGGCUCUGGACCAGCUCCAGGGGCCACCCACCAACCCCACCUCCUGUGCGCUGGACCCACGGUCUGGGGGUGCACAGGGUGGCCCCAGCGUCGGGAAUGGGGACCCUGUGCCUCAGCUCCCUUCGAACCCCCUUUUCUUGGAGGAGAGGGGAACCGAGAGCUCCAGAUAGAUGCUGGUGCUGUAAGUGUAACGUAUCUGUGGACUUCAGUAAAGGAGAGUGUUGGAUGGA